AUGUCCCCAAAGAAGCCUGAGACGGCAGAAGUGAAUGUUUCGACUGUUGCCAUAAAACCAGUGGAACCUGUUGAUGAUACUAUAGUUAUAGAGAAAACUCCUUCCAAAUCUGGUGUUUUUCGAAGAUUAAAGAAGAGCGCUAGUGGUUCACGAAAAUCUUCAGAUGGUUUAUUAAAAUCUUCACCUUCAAAUGUUCGUAAACCACAACUUUCUCAUCAAGGAGUCAUUUUUCGUGAGGUUCCAGCUCCAGUUUCGCCUUUGUCAAAGAAACGUAGAGCUGAAGACAUGGCUAAACACAUUUAA